GUAGCCGGUCUCGGUAUACAUAUCUGACAUAAUUUUUCUGAGUUUAUUUAUUAUUUUGUUUUGUCGUGCGUAGCGUCCCUUUCUGCGAACAUCGCAUCGAGAUUGUUUUCAUAAAAUACUCGGAGUGCUAACAAUUUCUUUUGAUAUUCCAAUUAUUUUUAAGAAACAAAUUUAAUUUGGUGGGUUUAGUGAAUGAAGAUUAAUUUAUAGAAUGGUGUAUGAAACGUCAUACGACACGGGUUUAAGACCCUUUAAUCAUGACAAAACUCGCGGUAAAUGGUCAUCGCCGAAAGAUUUUCUAUUUGCAUGCUUAGGUCAUGCUUUCAAACUUGACGCCAUAUUUAUAUUUCCGGUAGUUUUGUUGAGAGAUGUUGGAAUUUACGCACUGAUUCCAUACCUGAUAACAUUAGGUUUGUGUGUCAUACCUUUAGUUUUUAUGCAGUCUUUCUUGGGACAAUUUUCAAGCUCUGGAUUUAUAUCGGUCUUCCGUAUUUCACCACUUUUUAAAGGCAUUGGAUAUGUGUCACUAGCAAUUAAUUUAACAAGCCUAACCUACUAUGCUGUACUUGGAGCUAUACCACUUUACUAUUUACUCCACACUUUUAAUCCCAUAAUUCCAUGGAGUUGUGAAGGUUUUAAAAGUUGGGUGUAUAAAGGUGUAAAUAAAAGUCAAGGUGAAUAUGAAAGUAUUUGCAAUUACAAUCACACUCAAAGUGACUAUCGAGUUAUGGUGGAAGUUCCAUCGGUGGAUUUCUUUAGCAAUAAAAUGCAUAUAAUGACAAUGUACCGGCGGCCACAUCCUGAGUUUAGAUUUUCAUUGCUUUUGAUGUUAUGCACAUUUGUAAUUUGGGGCAUAAUUGCCAUCAUAGCUACAAGAUCCAUUGAAUCGAUUGGAAAAUUUCUGCGUUACUCCUGCAUCACAGUUUUAGGAAUUAUGGGACUUUGUUUGCUGCGUUUUUUAUUUCUUCCAGGAGUAUUUCAUUCUGUAAAAACUACAUUACACCCAAAUGUUAUUAUGGGAGACACAUUUCUAUUUGUGCCAAUGGUAGCUUUUGCUGCCCUUGGACCUGGAUGGGGUUCUAUUCUAACCAUGGCAAGCUAUAAUAAAUUCGAUACGAAUAUAUUUCGUUAUAGUUGGUUAUUGUGUUUUGCCCAAAUUGGAUUCGUUUUGGGUUUGGCUUUUAUGUCGAUAUUUAUAAUGAAGUUUAUGACAAGGCAAGAUCCAGAAAUUAUUUUGUUUGAUUCUCCUCAUUCACAAUGGAUGGAAUUUUUAACUAUACCAACUGGACUAACGUAUUUGGAAUUUCCUCACAUUUGGUCAAUAUUAUUUUUUGGAAUGUUAAUUCUUGGAUGUUUGAAUCUGCUGAUUGUUCAAUUAAUUUCAGUUUUGACAUCUCUUUUCGAUGAAUUUGAAAUUUUGCGAGGUCUUAAAAAGGGACUGACUUUGGCUUUAAUCGGAACUCUGUCUUUAACUUCUAUUUUCUUUUGUUCAAAUUACGGAAUUACAUUCUUCGAGACCAUUGCUCAAAUUUCAAUUAUAAGCCAAAUGCUUCUGAAUUUCCUCCUACUGAUUAUUGUCUUGUGGAUUUAUGGCCGAGAACGAUUACAGCGUGAUGUUUGUUUUAUGACAAAUCGAACUUAUUCAACAUGGAUGGUGAAUGUUGUGAGAUAUAUUGCACCGAUUUUUAUAUUUAUAAAUAUGCUUGAAACAGCUAUAUUUGGUUCGAUUCAUUUCUUUAAAUUGCCAAAUGAAAUAAUGACUUUCGGUAUAACAUUUAUUAGCAUUUUACCAUGGUUAUUUGUACCAGGUUAUUGCAUAUUUAAAUUAUUACAAACAACUGGAGCUUUUUGGACCCGAAUAACAAGAUGUCUUCGACCAACAGAUUGGUAUCCAGUUGAAACAAUGGAUAGAAGAAAUUAUGAAGACCGAUUUAGUGAAAUGGAAGUAUCACACAAUCUAACAACAUCGAGGAAUUUUGGAGUGGAUGAAUUAAAUCGAAACGUAUUUAGUGCAAUACCAUUGUUUCAUUUAUUUCAUUCAUUGAGACCAACAAUACCAUGGAGUUGCGAAGGAGCCAAAGAAUGGAUGGAAAUAGAGGAAAUUAAUAAAUCGGUUAUUCAACUUUUGUCUCUGUUAACGUCAUUGUUUGAUGAGUUUGAGCAACUUAGGGAAAACAAACAAAGGAUCAUUUAUGGAACUGUUGGAGUUUUUGUUGUGACUUCAAUACUUUUCUGUUCAAAUCAUGGAGUCUAUUCUUUUGGAGUUCUUUCAAAAUAUUCAAUCCUUACACAAAUGAUUUUGAAUUUACUUUUAAUAUUGGUUGUUCUUUGGAUCUAUGGACGUGAACGCUUCCAACGUGAUUUAAACUUUAUGACAUCACGUACUUAUUCAACGUGGAUGGUUUAUAUCGUACGAUUUGUUGCUCCAAUUUUCCUAUUGGUUGCUUUGUUAACUGGAUUGAUAAUACUUAUGGAAUUUGACUAUGCUCCAUCGUCUAAUGGCAUAAUAGUGCUUCUGUUUGUAACUUUGAUGUUCCUUCUAUCUUGGUGUCUGAUUCCUGGUUAUUGCAUCUAUAAGAUAAAACAUACUACUGGAAUAAUUGGCAUGCGUUUUAGAAGAUCUGUUCGACCGACUGAUUGGUAUCCGGCUGAUCCCGUUUACAAACAAAGAUACGAAGAGAGUUUCAACACAACAGACAUAUCACAUCAGCUCACUAUUAAAUGUUUUGUUUUACUUAAGCAUAGUUUGAAAAUGGAAUACGAAACAUCUUACGAUACUGGAACAAAACCUUUUAAACAUGACACAAAUCGAGGCAAAUGGAAAUCAUCAAGAGAUUUUUUCUUCUCUUGUGUCGGACAUGCAUUUAGACCAGAUAUUAUUACGAUAGUACCAUAUGUGGUAUUUCAAGCUUCUGGAGUUUAUGCUCUUGUUCCGUACUUCAUUAUACUGAGCGUAUGUGUUGUUCCAAUUGUGUUCAUUCAAUCUUUUCUCGGCCAAUUUUCUGGUACUGGUUUUAUAUCAGCUUUUCGAAUUGCUCCAUUAUUUAAAGGCAUAGGAUAUGUUUCUCUCGCUGUAAACUUUGUAAAUCUAUCAUACUACAGCAUUUUCAGUGUUAUUCCAUUUUAUUUCUUUACUAAUUCCUUCAAACCAACAAUACCAUGGAGCUGUCAAGGUGCCUCUCAAUGGAUGAAUACAAGUAUUACGGUUUGUAAUGCCAAUCAUAACAUGGGAGAUAAAGUACCUUCUGUUGAAUAUUUGAGGAGACAUUUCCAUUUACUGGAUGGUUCGUCCUCGAAUCCAAACGAAGGAACUUUUUUUUCGGUAUCUUUGAUGGUUAGAACUGUGGUUAUUUGGGCAUAUGCAACUGCUAUUCUUUUAAAAUCCACUGAAUCAAUAGGAAAAUUUUUGCGAAACUCAUUUUUGGCAUUGGUAGUAAUCAUGAGCGUGUGUCUGCUUCGCUUCCUUUUCCUUCCAGGAGCAUUUAAAGGACUAUUUACAGUCUUUUUCCCCGCCGAUGGUUUAGGAAAUCAUUUCGAGGAAAUUGUCAUAUUCAUCCCUAUUAUGGCGUUUUCAGCAUUUGGUCCUGGUUGGGGUACAAUUAUAAGCAUGGCAAGUUAUAAUAAUUUCAAGACGAAUAUUUACAAAUACAGUUGGUUGAUAUGUUUGGGACAAUUGGGGGUAUUAAUUGGAAUGGCGUGUAUACUGAGUUGCCUUAAAGAUUUCAUGCUAACAAUUGGUAUAAAACGGGCUUUACCAAAGGCCGGUGAAUGGACAGAGUUUUUGACAUUUCCAACUGCAUUGACAUUUAUGGAAUGGCCAAAUUUAUGGAAUAUGUUGUUUGCAAUCAUAAUUGGUUUGGGCUCCUUCAAUCUUUUGAUUAUUCAAAUGUUUUCACUUCUGACCUCACUUUUUGAUGAAUUCGAAAGUCUAAGAGAAAAAAAGAGGAAAGUAAUUUAUGGAAUUAUUGCUGUGCUAUUGCUGACUUCUUUGCUUUUCUGUUCAAAUCACGGAAUAUACUUUUUCGAAGUUCUCUUAAAAUUCUCUGCCAUAACCCAAGUAAUUCUGAAUUUACUCCUAAUCUUGGUUGUUCUUUGGGUCUAUGGUCGGGAACGAUUCCAACGUGAUUUAGAAUUUAUGAUCUCACAAACUUAUUCAACUUGGAAAGUGUUUGUUGUUCGUUUUGUUGCACCAAUUUUUCUACUAAGUGGAUUGGUUUUUGGAUGGGUAUUAUUAGUAUUAUCGGUAGUAUUCCAUCGUUAUAUACCAUCAUCUGGAGGAAUCUUGCUUUCAAUUGCCUUACUUUUCUUCCUAUUUUCCUGGUGUUUGAUUCCAUGUUAUUGUUUGGCAAAAAUAAAGCAAACAGUUGGUAGCAUUGGACAACGCUUAAGGAGAUGUGUUCGGCCAACUGACUGGUAUCCAGCUGAUCCGCAAUAUAAGCAAAGUUACGAAGAGCGUUUUAGCAAAGGAGACACUGCUCAUCAGCUAACAAUUUCCCUAAAUCAAUAAUAAACUAGAAACAAGUUAAACUUGACAACUUAACAAUAAUUCGAAAACAUAAUAAAAUAAAUUUACGGCACAUUUAAAGAGAUAACGAGACAUUGACAUUGAAAAUAGUAGCUUUAAUAUUUUUAGUUUUGUUCAACAAACUGUCUACCUCAGACUUAAAGGAUUCGAAAUACAUAAUUAUUUAACUUAUAGAUUUUGUACUUCAAUAAACUUUUUAUAAAAUA